GAGAUAUCAUUUCGGCCCAUUUUCACAAAAUCACCAAAUAAAACGAAUGUGCGAAUCAUAAAUCACUUCACAACUCGCUUUCUUUAUUUUUCUAACACACAGACACACAGUGACAGAGUCCCUAUAAAAACUUACCCCAACGCCUAAAACCCCUCUUUCCUGACUUUUUCCCCAAGUUUUCUCUCUCCUCAAACCGCACACUCUCCCUGCAUUCGUAGAACAUUCAAGACUAAUCAAAUUCUUCUCAUUUCGGCGACAACAGCAGCUAGGGAUUGCGAUUUUCUCAAGGUUCAUUAGGUGUUGGCAUUUUUAUUGGUCGAGGGAAACCCCAUUAUUCCAUGGGUAUCAACAAGUAGGGACCUAGCAAGAGAUUUAGCUUAGUUUUCAAUACCUAGAGAGUUGCUCAUGGCAACAAGAGCUAUCUUGCGCCGGAGGAGAGCCCUUGCCAGUGCGUGGACUCAACCCAGUGGCUCGUUCCGUUGUUUUUCGAGUUUUGAGCAUGGGCAAUCAUGUUCCGCUCCCCACUCACAGGAUUCAAGUUUGGCUGUUGUUCUUCCUUCUCUUGAUUCUGAUUCAAGGAACGAAAGGAAAUCAUUUUCAUUAACCAAAGAUAAGUUACAACUUUUUUCCUCCGUUGGGAUUCUACGCAACAAUUUGAGUGGGAGCUCAAGAUUAGUUGAUGAACGCCUGAACUAUAGAUCGUCUUUAGGAGCGGCCUGGAGGUCACAACUUUUGCGCUAUUCUUCAACAGCAACAUCAGGUCAGCCAGAGUUUCGGAGCGGUAAUGAAAAAAGUGAAGAAAAGAUUGCUACUCAAAAGGAAGCUUCACCUGAAGAAUGUGAUCAGGCAGUUGAAGGCCUCAGUUCAGCUAAAGAAAAAGCGAAAGCUAAGCAAAUGCAAGAACUUCGUAAGAGUGGAAAAUCAAUACUGCGAAGAGUGUGGGCUACACUUUUAGGAAUCGGGCCUGCUUUGAGGGCUGUUGCUUCAAUGAGCAGAGCGGAUUGGGCUAUUAAGCUUGUACACUGGAAGGAUGAAUUUGUAUCUACAAUGAAGCACUAUUGGUUGGGCACAAAAUUACUUUGGGCUGAUGUUAGAAUAAGCUCGAAGACGCUGGUGAAGCUUGCUAAAGGCAAGAGUCUAUCAAGGAGGGAGAGACAACAACUCACCCGCACUACAGCUGAUAUCUUCAGGCUAGUUCCAGUUGCAGUUUUCAUUGUUGUCCCAUUCAUGGAGUUCUUGUUGCCAGUAUUCCUGAAGUUAUUUCCCAACAUGCUGCCAUCAACUUUCCAACACGAGAUGAAAGAACAGGAGGAGAUGAAAAGGAAACUAAAUGCAAGAAUAGAAUAUGCCAAGUUUCUUCAGGAUACAGUGAAAGAAAUGGCAAAGGAAGUCCAGAAUUCUCGCAGUGGAGAGAUUAAACAGACAGCAGAAGAUCUUGAUGAAUUUGUAAACAAAGUUAGGAGGGGUGAAGAUGUUUCUAAUGAGGAAAUUCUGGGUUUUGCUAAGUUGUUUAAUGAUGAAUUGACUCUUGAUAACAUUAGCAGGCCUCGAUUGGUAAAUAUGUGCAAAUACAUGGGUAUUAGGGCAUAUGGAACAGAUGCAUUUUUACGUUUUAUGCUUCGAGACAAGCUUCGGAAGAUUAAAGAGGAUGAUAAGAUGAUACAAGCCGAGGGUGUUGAGUCUCUUUCAGAGGCAGAGCUUCGUCAAGCAUGUAGAGAUAGAGGUUUACUUGGUUUACUCUCUGUUGAAGAAAUGCGUCAACAGCUGCGUGAUUGGCUGGACUUGUCUCUCAAUCAUGCUGUUCCGUCAUCUCUUCUAAUUAUUUCCAGAGCAUUCAAUGUGUCCGGAAAAAUCAAACCCGAGGAAGCUGUGGAAUUUGCUAUUUCUUCUUUGCCAGAUGAGGUUGUCGAUACCAUUGGAGCUACAUCUUUGCCUUCUGAGGAUUCUGUUUCAGAAAGGAGGAGAAAGUUAGAGUUCCUUGAAAUGCAGGAAGAAUUAAUCGAGGAAGAGGAGAAGAAAAUGAAAGCAGAAGAAGAAAAGGCGAAAUUGAAGGAGUCUAUUGUUAGCGAAAAGGAUGUUGCCUUGGAAGAGAUGGUGGAUGCAACUACCAGGGACGCACAAGAAUAUGCAAAGGCUGCAUCAUCAGAUACCGAUGAUCAGCUUUGUAAGCUCAGUCGUGCAUUGGCUGUUCUGGCUUCAGCAUCUUCAGUGAGCAGGGAACGGGAGGAGUUCUUAAGACUUGUUAAUAAGGAGAUCGAGCUUUACAAUACUAUGGUGGAUAACGAGGAAAAAGAGGGAAUAGAGGGGAAAGUUGAAGCUGAGAAGGCGUACAGAGCUGCUCGGAAAGUUGACGAAGAGGAGUCGGAUGAUACUGCUCAAGUUUCUUCAGCGCUGAUAAAUAAGGUGGAUGCUAUGCUUCACAAACUUGAAAAGGAAAUUGAUGAUGUGGAUGCAAAGAUCGGUGAUCAGUGGCGAUUUCUUGACAGGGAUCACGAUGGAAAGGUGACUCCAGAAGAAGUGGCUUCUGCGGCUGCGUACCUGAAAAACAAAAUUGACAAAGAUGGUAUCCAAGAGCUCAUCACCAAGCUCUCAAAAGACAGAGAUGGGAAGAUACUCGUUGAAGACAUUGUUAGGCUAGCCAGUGUGAAGGUUGGAGAUGAAGCUGAAUCUGAAAGAUGAAUAGAUUCAUCCACCUAGUAGAUUUUUGGUAGACGGUCGUUGUUCGACCUGGUAUUGAGAAUAGUGCUUGAACACUGACAUAAAAUACGAAAGUUUUGGUAAAAAAACGUUCGAGUUGGGUGAAAAUGGUGCCUAAUUUUUUAACUCAGGCCACCUUCUAUGCUGUCAUAAUUCAUUUACCUUGUAGGUACACAUUACUACAUUACUAAAGAUGAUAUUUUCCUGCUGCUUUGCAUAUGAAUUAACAUAGAAAAUGUUAUAUGUGCAUAUAUAUGAUACUUCAUACUUCAAUCA